UACGGAGUAUCUUUGAGUGGAUGUCGUCCACCCAUUCCCACCACAACUCCAAGAACCCAUCAAAGAAUGCUUUGACUCCAUUGUUUUGCAGACAUGGAUAUAUCACCUCCAACAAGAAUCAGUUUGUCUGAUGCUACGUCAUCGUGAUAUACAUCGGCAAGAUUUCGGAGAGUGCCCUCGCGAUUCCUUCUAUCAUUAAUUUUAGCUGAAAUUGAUAAUUUCAAGAAUUCAUAUUCCAGAUCUCUCAAGUUCCUCAGAAUCAAAUUCAUGGUAAACAAGCAAUAGAGAGAUGAUAGAGAAGCAUAGCAACAUGCAACAGCGAGAAAGCACAGCAACGGAGCAAAGCGAGACAACACAGUAACGGAUCAACGACGAGAUGGCACCGCAGUGGAGCAACUACGAGAAGACACCGCGGCAGAGCAAUGUCAACAAGACAAUUCGGUUUCAAAAAAUUAAGUAGGCAAAAGCUUGCAAUUUGAAGGGGCGACAAGGUUGAAAGGCAUUUGUGACUUUUUUCCCGUCCAGGUUCCUUAUGGAUCAACAAGAUCAGGCAAUUGAAUUUUCUGUUACAUGGAGAGGCAAGAAGUUUAUCCUCAAAAUGGAUCCCAAAACUACCCUUAAAGCAUUGGGUGAUGAAAUGCAUCAGCUCACAAGUGUUGAAGAUGAUACUAUGCGAUUAAUUGUGCCCACUGAUAAAAGUUCAAAGCUGAUUUAUCCGUUUUCUAAGGAGCACUCCUGGUUGAAAUUGGAUGAGGCGUCGAUUCUUGAGGGAAAAUCUAUUAGGAUGUUGGGAGUUCCUAAAGGUGAGAUGGAUGAAGUCUUAGAAAAAGAAAAGGAAGACCUCAGAAUUGUUGGUUUUGAAGAAGAAGAAAAGAGACUGAGGCAGAGAUCAUCCUACCAGGCCUCCAUUAGACUUCCACAGGGGCAUUAUAUCUUCUGUGGUUUUAAAACACUCCAUCUUCCAGGAAUUGAGCUUAAUCCUCCAGCGUCUGAAGCCUUGAAACUAAUGCAUAAGCUUUCUGCAGAUCCCGGAAUUGUUGCCGUUAUGAAUAAGCAUCGCUGGCGCGUGGGAAUCAUGACAGAGAUGGCUCCUAUUGGAUAUGUUGGGGUGAGCCCAAAAUGUUUACUUGGUUUGAACAAGAAUCAAGGAGAAGAGAUUUCAUUACGCCUUCGCACAGAUGACCUUAGGGGUUUUAGGAAGUACCAGAGCAUCAAGAAGACCCUCUUGCAUGAACUUGCGCACAUGGUGCAUUCUGAACACGAUACAAACUUUUACGCUUUGGAUAAGCAGCUCAAUGAGGAAGCUGCUACUCUAGAUUGGACUAAAUCAACAAGCCACACCCUGAGUGGUUUGCAAAACUUGCAAAACUAUGAAGAUGAUGUGUUCUACGAUUCUGUUCCUUCACCACAAAAAUUGGGUGGGAAGUCUUUGUCUUCUGAUGCACGUGUGUCUUCAGUGGCUGCUGCCAUUCACCGUUUUGCCCCCAAUUGCACUACAUUAACUGAGGAAUCAAAUCACAUGGAUGUUGAACAAGAAAACGAACAGACCAAAACAAAGUUAGUUUUCCAGCAGGAAAACACUAGGAUUCUCCCUCCAUUGGAUGCAGAUAGUGUUGAAGGAAUGCAAGAGAAUCAAGUCUGCAAUGCUUCAGGUCCAGAUGAAUCUCAGGACAAAAGUGUCAGGCUGACAGAAUGUGCAACUCUAAGUACAGGUCCAUGCACUCAAACUGAUGAGCCUGAUCCCGAUGACCAGGAAUUGCUGCGGAUACAAGACCCUGUGAACAUGGUUUGCAGCAAUUUGCAUAGAGCAGUUGAAGAACUAAAAGCUCAAGCUAGUCCCUCAGAUGCUGUUAGAGUACUGCAAACUUUGAUUAGAAUCAUCAAGAAUGUGAUUGAACAUCGGAAUGAAGAUAAAUUCAAAAAGCUAAGGAAGUCUAAUCCUAUAAUCAAGAGAGAUGUGUUGCACUAUAAAGUAGCCAUUGAUGUCCUAGGUUUGAUUGGAUUCAAAGAGGAAAGCUUGAUUGACGAAAAGGGGAGAAGAGAGGAUUUCUUUGUCCUAAGAAGAAACGAUCCGGGCCUGCUGUGGCUUGCCAAGUCGUCCCUUGAUGCAUAUAUUGUAUAGGUUGCACCAAUUAAGUGUCUGAAUUGUACUCUCUCUCUACAUUAUUAGGUAAGCAAAUAAUGUGCAAGGUAUAAAAUGUGAUGUUUGUAAUGUGUAUUGUAAAUUGGGGGGGGGGGGUGAUUGUUGUGUGAGGAACUAACUGUAUACACACAAACAUUUAUCUAUAUAUAAUAUGAAAUAAAUGCAGUCCUAAUCAAUAUGAACUAACUGU